GCUCAAACGUACCCGCGCGCGCGCAUAGAGAGACGCGUCUUGUGUUGUGUGAUCUAUAGAUCAAUAAUGCAGUGUAUGUGCUAGUCAACCGAAGGAAAUAUGAGGCUGUCACUGCAUCUGGCAGUGGUGCUGCUUGCAGUGUACCACACCUGCAAGGCAGACCGACCGACGAGGGAGAUCCAGUUCAGCUCCAACCAAAACUAUGCGGUGAUCGGCUCCCCCAUCUCCGCAAAUCUUGAUGAAGAUGGAUACUUCUACCCGAAGCCGAAGAUACCCUUCCCGCCGCCGCCGCCACCACCGCCACCAACUAGGCCGCCGCCACCACCACCACCACCACCCCCAACUAGGCCGCCACCACCACCGCCGCCGCCCCCAACAAGGCCUCCACCACCACCGCCGCCGCCACCAACAAGGCCACCAGUAACACAGUCAACAGGCUACUACUAUGAAACGCCUAGAAUCCCGUUCCCGCCGCCGACGAGGCCGCCUCCACCACCACCGCCACCACCAACUCGGCCCCCUCCCCCACCACCACCGCCACCAACGAGACCACCUCCCCCUCCUCCACCGCCGCCAACAAGGCCCCCACCUCCGCCAACGCCGCCGAGGACCCCGCCACCACCUCCACCAACUAGGCCUCCACCACCACCACCAACAAGGCCUCCAGUAACACAGGUCACAGGCUACUACUAUGAAACGCCUAAAAUACCGUUCCCUCCACCAACUAGGCCACCGCCGCCUCCUCCCCCACCACCGACCAGGCCGCCACCCCCACCACCGCCACCACCAACUAGGCCACCUCCUCCUCCACCCCCACCACCAACUAGACCUCCACCACGCCCAACCCCGCCUCCAACAAGGCCUCCACCGCCACCAACUUUCAAAACUCCAACUACAGGCUAUGAGUACAAAACCCCAAGUAUACCUUUCCCACCUCCCACGAGGCCACCACCACGUCCGACACCACCACCAACCAGGCCGCCACCUCCCCCGACAACCAGACGACCACCACCACCACCACCUCCACCACCGACAAGGCCACCCACAACCAGGCCUCCACCAACAUACAGCACCAUCUUGGAUCAAACUAGAACCACGGGAUAUACAUACCCAACUCCGUCAAUACCUUUCACUUACCCGACUACGACCAGGAGACCCUACAUUCCUCCUGUAACUCAGCCCACCACACAGAGAACCUUUCCUCCCGUGACUUAUACUUACAGGCCUCCUCCGCCACCAACGCCCCCUCCAACCAGGCCUACUUACAGAACUCCGUCAACUUACCUACCACCUCCACCACCAACAAGGCCCCCUACACCUCCUCCAACUAGGCCACCACCACCUCCAACAAGGCCUCCAACUAGGCCCCCACCACCACCAACCAGACCGCCGACAUUCAAGACUCCAGCUACAUAUCUUCCACCACCUCCACCAACCAGGCCUCCGACCCCACCGCCAACAAGGCCACCACCACCUCCCACAAGGCCACCAACUAGGCCCCCACCACCACCAACGCCUCCUCCAACCAGGCCACCGACAUUCAAGACUCCAGCGACAUACCUUCCACCACCACCACCAACGAGACCUCCAACCCCACCACCAACAAGGCCACCACCGCCUCCAACACCACCACCAACAAGGCCGCCACCGCCCCCAACGAAGGCAACUUACUUGCCACCCCCGCCACCAACCAGGCCUCCAACUCCACCACCAACCAGACCACCACCGCCCCCAACAAAGGCCACUUACUUGCCACCACCACCCCCAACUAGGCCUCCAACACCACCACCAACGAGACCACCACCGCCCCCAACACCACCACCAACUAGACCGCCACCACCCCCAACACCACCACCAACAAGGCCUCCACCACCUCCAACCAGGCCAACCCCACCACCGACAUACAAAACCACAGGCUAUGACUACCCUACGCCUAAAAUACCAUUCACCUUCCCGACAACUUCACGACCAACAACCAAUGCUCCUAUAUACUUACCUCCCAGUACCACGAGACCUCCGAUCUACAUUCCUCCUCAAACAACCCCAAGGCCUUACACUAGGCCCCCAGUCUACAUCCCCCCUCAAACUACGAGGCCUCCGGUGUACAUCCCCCCUUCAACAACAAGGCCUCCAAUCUACAUUCCUCCUCCAACGACUCCUAAGCCUUACACAAGGCCACCAGUGUACAUUCCCCCCUCAACAACAAGGCCCCCAAUCUACCUUCCUCCUCAAACAACCCCUAAGCCUUAUACUAGGCCACCAGUCUACAUCCCCCCUUCAACAACAAGGCCUCCAGUCUACAUUCCCCCUCAGACAACUCCAAGGCCUUACCAGCCCCCAGUUUACAUCCCCCCUCAAACUACGAGACUCCCAGUAUACAUUCCCCCUUCAACGACUAGAAUACCAUACACGACUCGACCACCCUUCAUCGAAGAUAAGGGUUAUUUCUACGACCGACCACUCGUUCCCUUCGUAUUCUAAUUUAGUUUAGUUAAUUAGUUACAUGAUGCACCAAAUUUUGUUUAAAUACAUAAGAUAAUUAAGCACCUGAUUUGCGAAUAGGAAUUCGUAGAUUCGAUUGUAAUUGCGGGUUGAAGUAAUUGAGUUUUUCUUAAAGAAAAAUUUUCAAUUACCAUUCGAAAUUAGAAUCGCUUCUAAGCAUGCAGAAAUUAUAGUAGCUACUUAAUUUAUGAAAAUAUAAUUUGGUAGUAAAGGUAAAGUGCUAGUUUAUUCACGUGAGCAAUUUUAACGUUAUUGGUUAUUGUUAUAGAUAUUUUAACGAAUAUCCAUUUUCAAAUUUAGUUAAUUAAUCAUUGAUUAUAAUAUAGCUCAUUGACAAGUAGUGAAUAUUUUGCUUAAACUUAAUAAUUUUGGUGCAGCCAUGUCCUUUAAGUUGCCAUAAAAAUUGUGAUACCAAACGAGUACUACGUACUUACAGUCGCAAUAAUAAUUAUAUUUUGUUAAUUAUGUUUGUUUAUAUAUUAGUAACUAGUUAUAUAUAUGUAACGGUAAUACUCAAAAAUCAAACGCGGAACCACUGCCUUUAACUAAUUCUACGUUUAAGAUUGUAAAAUAUUUUUUAAAUAAAAGAAAAUGAGAAAUA